CUCAGAAGAGGCUGGCCAAUCAGAUCGCUCGCCUGUAUGGCUACACGGUCCUGUCAUGGAACUGGAUCUUUAAAUUCGAAUGUGGUGACGCUGUGUGGAAACGCUUCAGCUCGGACUACAGAAGGGGUUUAUUGGAGUCACGAUUUAUUUUCGCCUCUAGACUCGUACACGAGUUCUUGACUCUCGUUUAAAAACAAACAAACAGCGAUGUCCAGCGUUCAGUUUUCAGUCAGCGGUUCAGGAGCUGCGCGAGAGAGUUUCCCUCAGCCCGCGCGCAGGAGCGUGUGUCGGAGUCUUUUCGGACCGGUCGAUCACGACGAGCUGAACCGCGACAUCGAGGCAAAGCUGCGCGAGAUCUCCGACCGGGACCAGAAACGGUGGAAUUUUAACUUCGUCUCCGGGACACCGCUGCUUGGCGACUACGAGUGGGAGGGAGCCGCGGUGGAGGCGACGCCGGCGUUUUACCAGGAGUCGGUACAAGUCGGGAAAAACAGGGCCGUUGUCCUGAACGUUAAGCCGCGUACAGAUGCUCCUAACCGGGAGAACUCUGCUCAGGACGCCGCUGCGGGUUUAACCGUUUCUCCGGAGAGCGCGAGCGCAAGAAAGCCGAGCUCCGCGAGGAGGAAAACAAGCACCCGGUUGACCACAGCAGCUCCACACCGCAUUACAGAUUUUUACGCCAAACGGAUGAAGCAGGGAGAUUUAAAACGGAGUGAGAGCGCGCCUCAGAACCCCCUCAGCUUCCGCUCCUCCGAGCAAACCCCACGGAAACGGCUCCGUUGAAGAAUUUUUACAAUUUAUUUUCAGCUAAAGAAAGUGUGUGCUCGGGGUGAAGAGAAUCCCGAGUGAAGGAACGCAGCCCUCAUGAUGAUGAUGAUGAUGAUGGUGGUGGGCAAAGCGCUACAAGCUCGAGCACCGCCUAGUCGAAACCUUUGCCCCGUGCAAGCUGCGCUGUGUGGAGGAUCAGGAGAACUUCUGAGGAGCGAGCUGGAUGAUGAACCAGACAUGAUCUCGCUUCUCAAGCCUUAAUGUGAGAACCUGCUGAAGAACAUGUGCAAGAACAAAGAACUGUAACGUCUCAAAUGUACAUCAGACUGCGUGUUUUAAUACUGUCUGUCCGUGUCCUCAAGAUUUACUGGAAGUUUUUUUUUUUUACAUUUAUUUUUUUAUUGCCUUGCUCAUCCUGACUCUCGUAAUUCGCUCCGUAACUUUACGCAGAGCCGUGAGUUAUGAGCAUGAGCAACGAGGCCGUCUGCUAGCGUACCCGGCACCGUGUUUAGAAGUGUUUACAGCUGUGCCAGAUGUUGAUUAUGUUUAAGUGCACAUUUCACAAAGGAAGAGUUUAAAGUGUUUGUCCGAGGGACGGUCGUGUAAAGGCCCGACGCGUGAGAGAUUGAGAAGAUGGGCCUUUUUGUUCUCACUCCUUGUUUUUUUUUUGGUGUAAAUAUAAUGUUGUAAAUUAUUACAUUAA